CUUGCCUUGUUCAUCCGCACCGAUACGGCAACUUCGUGACUGGUCGUAUAAGAACGCGCUUGGAGACGUAGUUUCCUGGAAAUUCCUGCUCUCCGUUGGUGCCGAUUUUGUAUCUCAGGCGAAUCGGGUCAGAUUUUUGGAGUGACCAACAGUUCUAUCGAGCGAUCUAUAACUUUCCGGGAACACCACAACAUGAGCCGUCCACAGGAUCCACCUCGUGGGUUUUUCCCAUUUGGAAACCCUUUCAAGAUUUUAUCCCCAAAGAACUCGUAUCUAUCCCCGAAGCUUCUCUCUCUGUUGAACAGUUUCGAAGUGGACCUGGCAGCUAGGAUUAAGAAACUCGUACCAAGCGACAAGAAGGAUAUCCUUACUUUCUCAUGGAUGAAACAAGCUUUGGAAUCUCUUUGCGAGACCCAUAAGAGCAUCAAAACCCUCAUAACCGAUCUUGAGCUCCCAGUAUCGGCCUGGGAAGAUAAGUGGAUUGAUGUGUAUCUGGAUGUUAGCGUGAAGCUGCUUGAUCUCUGCAAUGCCUUCAGCUCAGAGCUCACUCGUCUCAACCAGGGCCAUCUCCUGCUUCAAUUUGCUUUGCAUAACUUGGAGGGCAACUGCCCCAAGAAUCUUUCGAAGGCCCGAUCUUCCCUGGACAGUUGGAGGCAACACAUUAUUGCGAGGAACCAGAGAAUUGAAAACUGCCGGGCAAUCUUGAGCAGCCUCGUAGGAUCGUUGGCUCUCCCCAAGGUGAAAAACUCAGCAAAGGGAAAAGUACUCAUGCGUGCACUAUAUGGUGUAAAGGUCAAGACUUUGUACAUAUCCGGUGUCUUUGCUGCGGCAUUUUCGGGUUCAUCCCAGAACCUUUUAUAUCUCCCUGUGUCUGACGAGAUUCCAUGGGCACAAGCAUUCAUGGAAAUGCAGAACAGCAUAAACCCAGAAAUCAAAAACAUAUUUUUGUCAGGUGGGCUGACGGUUCUGAAAGAGCUGGAGGCCGUUGAUGUGAGCGUGAAGGAUCUGUACCCUGGAAUUGAAGAUGGGUCAGUUUCCAUUGCUCUGGAACCAGUGAAGAAAUUGGUCACAGAGCUGUCUGAGGGGCUAGAUCUUGUCUCAAAGGAAGUGGACAUCUUCUUCAAGAUAGUGUUGUCGGGGAGAGACGCUCUACUGGGAAACCUCAGGUCGAGCGGGGCAGCAGCAGCACCGGAAAAGGCAUUGGGAAAAAAUUUCAUAGGGCAGACCGGCGUGAGAAGACCCUAGCUAGCACUACAGCUUGUCUGUUGUACAGAUGGUUUAAAUUGUCCAUCUUGCUCGUGAAUGUAAUACGGUACUGUCUUGGUGGUGCGAGUUGUAAGGUUUGGCCUGUAAUCCUACUAUCUACUUAUGAUGUCUCUGUGUUUUGUGCCCGGAAAACGUCAAGUCGUCGUAUAAGCAACGUCUGCCAGAUAAGAACUAUGAUUAAGCUUUA